AUUUGACUCAAUCUUAUCAAUCAGGACGGGAUGUUUUAUCGCCAUCUGUCAUUCUCCCUCCAUCAUACCACCGUCCCUUGGCGAAAAUGGAGGGACUUAAACCACCAAGUACCAAGCAGCUGAAGAAUGAAGAGGCACUGAUCAAGUAUGCUGCUUUUCUUUGUGGUCUCAUGCUUUUCGUUGUCGCCAUUCGUUGGCUGCGCAGCAUUUGCAUCAGAUCUCCACAUUUGAAAACCUCCGCAUCGUUACCGACUUACGGGCGUGAGGCCUUUCUCUUGGUCUUUCAGAUUCUGCAGAGCCGUCUACCAGCGUCGUGGUUUGGGCGACCUUCCAUGGGUUUCAUCGUGAUGAUCAGCAUCUAUCUUGUUGGCAACAUCGCUUUCUGCUCAAACAUGCUUGCGAUGCCUCAACUCUUAAAUCAUUGGGCCUCUAGAUUUGGAUGGAUGUGCGCUGGCAACAUGGCCCUAUGUGUCUUUUUUGGCCUCAAGAAUACACCUUUAGGCCCUCUGGCAGCGGUUUCGCACAGCCAGUUGAAUGUUUUACAUCGCAUUGUCGGUUAUACAACUGUAUUCCUCCUCGCUCUUCACGCCCUUGUCUACACGAUACACUUUGGACGUCAAGGUCGCUUAGUGCGAUUGUUGAAGAGGGAAGAUAUCGAAGGCAUGGGGGCGGGUGUUGCCAUGCUUAUCCUACUAAUGGGAGUGUUUAGACAUAAGCACUACGAGCUGUUCUAUGCUAGCCAUAUUAUUGGCUUCGUGGCGGUUGUUCUCUUAACAGCGCUGCAUAGACCAAACUGGGCGAAAAAGAUUCCAACGGUGAUGCUCAUCAUAUUCAGCAUGUGGACAUUAGACCGACUCGUAAGAUUUAGCAGGCUAUUAUGCAACCUCAUCAACAACUCCGCAAUUUUCUAUCCUCUUCCAGUUGGAGGAACACGAGUAGUACUUAAGAAGCCUGGUAUGGAAGCCGCCUUACCUGGAUCACACUGCUUUUUAUGGAUUCCUAGACUUCGAUUCUAUGAGACCCAUCCGUUUACUGUCGUCUGCAAUGACUCCUUUGGUCUAGAGCUAGUGAUGAAAUCGCAUGAAGGAUUCACCAAAGCUGUUGGCACAUUUGCAAGCCGAAAUCCCAGGACUACUCUAUCGGCAUCGAUAGAUGGGCCAUAUGGGUCACUACCAGACAUGAGCAACUACGAUAAGCUGAUUCUUAUUGCCGGUGGAAGUGGAGCUGCCUUUACCUUUGGAGUCAUGAACCGUAUCAUGAUGCAGAGCGAGAAGGCUGCACUCCAGUCUAUCGAGUUUGUAUGGGCGGUGAGGCGUAUAGAACAGCUAAGCUGGUUUCGCCGCCAUUUAUGUAAUAUUGCGGAGUCGAGGUAUCCCAUCAGCCUGAAGGUCUACGUGACAGGCGAACGGUCAGCAUGUGACUCAGUUCCAAUAGCCACCAACUUACAACCAUCGCCAUGCGGCGCAGAAAGUGAAGUUCUUCUAGGAGCAGAUACAUUUGACUAUGAGACUUUAUCUGAGAUGAGCGAUUUAUGCGGGUUGACUCAUCAAACAACCUGCGAUGAGCUGACAUCUAAUAUUGUGUUUGAGAAGCUGGAUAUACAUGGCAUAAUUAGCAACGGUGUUGGAGCAUCCGGAAGUCAUCACAGGGUGCUCAUCGCGUCUUGUGGGCCCAAGUCGCUCAUGGAUGCCGUGCAAGAUUCGGCAAGUAAAUGGCAGAUGAAAAGAAACAUUAGAAUAGAUGUCCACUGUGAGGACUUUGGCGGCUGCUAGAAUUACAUUACAUAGACUUGGGGCGAAUUGUAUUCC